CCUUUCUAAAUAUAUAAAUACGUUGUUGAGGUAUUCUCUGUUAAAUAAAAAGAGUUUCUCGUGCAACUUCUCAUACUUACAAUUAAAAUAUUUGAAAAAUGAAAACUUUCGUGCUUGCUACAUGUCUGCUAGUUUUUGUGCAGAUAAUUUACGCAGUUGAUGAUAAACAAAUAAAUAUAAUGCGUAACAAUUUAAAAGAAUGUAUAAAAACAGUACCGAAAGGCGUAAAUGAUCCAAAGAAUCCUAUAAAAAAUGCCAAUGUAUGGUAUUGUGCAUUAACUAAGCAUGGCAUAUUUACCCCUCAAGGUGUGAAUGUGAAGAAAGGUUUGAAAACAUGCGAAGAUAUUGUCGUUAAUCCUGCUGAUGUGAAACGUUGCAAGGAAAUUAUGCUUGAUUGCAAAAAGAAAGCGUAUGCCCGCCCGGGAUCAAUCAUUGAGAAAAACAGAAGUAUAACAUCAUGUGGUAUAAACGAGGGUGCGGUUGAACUGACAGUGUUUAGCAAAGAAAAAUGGAAUAAGUAAAAGAAAUUUGUUGGAAGUACAAAUGCAGCUAAUUCAAUAGCUAUAUUUUACACUAAUCAUAUAUAAACAAAAUAAUUAUCUAUACUUCCUUAUAAUUCUAUGUUACUUUUGCAAUUAUUAAUUAUAAUUAAUAUGUUGCAUUAACAAUAAAAUAUUGUGCCUGGUAAUAA